GCAAUGCUUUUCGCCCCUGCUAUUGACGAUGAAGAAUCUUUAACUGAGAUGAGAAAGGUGAAUCAGCAACAUCGUCAAGGAAAACAUGUAGUUAUCUCUACUUCUGAACUAUCACCAACAUAUUCAAAUAACUCUGAAACCCAUCAAAAAAAAUCGCACUCUCCCGAAUAUGAUCAUCUGACUGAAGAUCCUUCAACUUCUGCUAAUAUGUCUCCACCUCCUUCAAGUUCACAACCACCACCUCCUGAAGAUACUG